GUACACUCUCCGAAAACAAGCGUCGCGAUGUGGAGAAAGAAAUCGCUACAUUAUGGACCAUAUUCGAUGAGAACGAUAGUUGGUAUCUUGACGAAAAUAUCAUGAGUCAUCCACAGUAUCCCGGUUUUUUGCCAGACAAGACUGACGCAGAAUUCCUAGAAAGCAACAGAUUCCAUCCUAUCAACGGGCUUAUCACGGCCAGAGACCCAGGGUUUAAUAUGAAGGAAUGCGACCUCGUGGCCUGGUAUUUCAUUAGCUUCGGGGGUCGCGUGGACAUCCACACGGUGCACUUUCACGCGAACUCGUACAUCUGGAACACAGAGAGUGCGCACAGAGGAGAUACGCUUGAGGUAUUUCCCGGUAUAUUUGAAGUUGCCACAAUGUUGGCAGACGACCCGGGCUCAUGGCUGAUGCACUGUCACGUGGACGACCACGUGGGCGCUGGCAUGAUUACCCAGUAUUUAGUCGAGAAAUCAGAAGAUCCUGUGCAAUGCUCCAGUGUGGAUGAUGAAGAUGCAUAACGAGAGACCAUUACAGCAACAAGGGCCUUUUUAACAAAAACAUUCGUACGAAAAUUUGUGGAAGCUUUCAGAUAGAAUUCGGUUCAAGAUUAGUUCAUAGUAAUUUAAGGGAAUAAAGCAAAUGGAACCAUGCAGUAUUAGUACAUUUAAAUUAAAAUUGGACUGGUCUGAUUUAACGUGGAAUACAGUAGAAUUAAAUGCACAAACCAUUAACGACCUAGUUUCUUUGUGAAACAGGCAAUUCAUCCUUUCUCGAGGGGUCCGGAGGCCAGAGGGACAGUUUCCUAUCCACACCCCCUCAAUCAAAAUGGAGAAGUAAUAUCUGAUACAGCUGGGCAUGCGCAUGAAGUGGUAUCAAUAAUGUUCUCUUGCUUGAGGUCAGAAACUAAGAAUAUGCAUGCACAUAUAUUUAUAUAACAUAAUAAUAUGGUUAAUUAUCACAAAAAUGUCUACUCCGUGUUUAUCAAUUUAAAUGAAGGUAGUUUAUUUAGUUGACAUGGGCUUUACAGCUCUGAAUACAAUACGGGGAUUGGAACCGCGCGUACCUAAUUAUAAUUUAUAAAUAAAACGAUUAAAUCCUUGCAACAGGCUAAAUUUGUUUAUAUACUGAAAGGUUCGAACUUACAAUAUUUUAUAAAAGUUAAGAGGCAUUUUUUCACAGAUAUACAACUUAGAACCCAUUGUUAAAAUAAUGGAGGAUAUUAAGGUGAAAAGUAACACCAGUCAAUAGUGUACCACAGUAGAUAAACUUUAAAAUGUACCUUAUCACCGCAAAAUCACCGCAA